UUGGUUGUGUUGGUGGGCUGUGUGUUGGGGCUGAGCCCUAGGGGGAUGGCGGGGAGCAGGGCGGCGGUGGGGAUGGGGGAUCCGAGUAGCCCGAGCGCGAGGGGGGCGGCGGAGGAGGAGGCGGGGGGCGGGAAGGUGAAGCUGCUGUGCAGCUUCGGGGGGAGGAUCGCGCCGAGGCAGGGGGACGGGCUGCUGCGGUACGUGGGCGGGCAGAUGCGGCUCAUCUCCGUGCCGCGGACGGCGUCGUUCGGGGAGCUGAUGCGGAAGGUGGAGGCGGUGGACGAGGGGGGAGGAGGCGGCGGUGGGGUGCUCGUCAAGUACCAGCUCCCCGGGGAGGACCUCGACUCGCUCAUCUCCGUGUCCUGCACGGAGGACUACGAGAACAUGUUGGAGGAGUACGAGAAGCUGGCCGCCUCCGCGCCCGACGGCUCCGCCAAGCUCCGGGUCUUCCUGUUCCCGGCCUCCGGGAGCGACGCGGCGGCGGCGUCCGGCUCCGGGUCGCACCUCGCCGCCGCCGUCGACGAGUCGGGGCAGCGCUACAUCGACGCCAUCAACUGCGUCUCCGGAGAGUCCGUCGCGGCCGUGCGGAGGAAGGAGAGCGUCGCGAGCGCUGGGUCAUCGGCGCACAACUCCGAGGCCUCCGAGUACGGCGGCGCCGUCGAAGGUAUGUCGCCGCAGGCCGUGCCGCCUCCUUCUCUUCCGCCUGAAUACCUGUAUUCAGGUGGGAACAAAUACCAUGCUGCCUUUCCGGAGUCGCUGGGGUUCAGUGCCGUCACACCUUCAGCUCCGGCGAUGGGUAUCCCGGCACAAAAUCCUGUCAUGAUUAGAACAGAGCCAUUACCACCGCAGCCGCAUCAAGUUGCCCCUUACGCACCAUCGCAUCAGCCGCCACAGGUUGCAUCGUAUGCGCAGCAUCAACAACCGCAAGUUGCAUCGUAUGCACAGCAGCAGCAGCAGCCUGCUUCCUAUAUUCCACAGAUGCCACAAUUCAGAGAGCCACAGCAAGUCCAAUACAUCAAUGCACAGCAAUUGGGUGUGCAUGGCGUUCCCCAAUCUGUCAAUUUUGUUCCGGUGCAAGUGAGCCAGUAUGUGCCCAGCAUUCCGGUGACGAACUCUGUGUCGACCUCUGCUCCUCCAUCAAGCACAUUGAAGCCAGUUUCUGCAGUUGUCGAACCUGUUUUGGACAACGUUCAUAACACAAGGCCAAUGCAAGCUACGGGUGAUCAGAAUUACAGGGUGCUACAGCCACUGUCACAGCUUCCUCCUUUGCCUCCUGUGCAUUUGCAGGUUAGCGAUGCGCACAGAUAUGGUGUCCAGACGGUAGUGACAAGCACAAUGAGCACACCAAUUGUAACCAGCUCAGGUACAAUUCCAGUGGUCAUUAGCUCGGCUACCAUGCCUGCAGUGAGGUAUGAUGAUUGCACAAUGUGCCUGAAAGCACUACCUCAUGCCCAUUCAGACAACAUGAUCCAAGAGCAGGGCAAUCCACGUGCAAUGAACAAUCCUGAUGCUGCUCCAGUGUUUUACAGCCUCCAUCAAGAGAAUGUUACCAAACAGCAUACUCCAGGUGCAACCGCAGGAACUCCUACUAAUUACAUAGUAGAAGCAAGAUCCGAGGUCACAUCAGGGAUGGGGCAAAUGGAGCCAAACUUUGCCGCAAACAAUCAUGUAGCCCAGCCAACUUCAUUUCCAGAUGCUAGCGUAUUGGUUCAAAACCCCAGGGUUACUUCCAGAUUAGCAUUUGCAGGGAAUCCACCACAGCUCCGGACUGAAGAUCCUAUCAUAUACCAGCAUCAACAACAAAAUUCUUAUAGUAUGCAACCAUCACAAGUACCAGUAAAUGGAUUUAUCAGCAAUCCACAAGGGAUAGAUGCUAGUGCAUUUAAGAAUACAAAUAAUCAGGUACCAGACCCAUUUAGAGAAUAUGGCAAUGAUCUUCCUCAUGACUAUGUCAGAGCUAUCAAUGCACAGAUGCAAGGAGUUCAUUUGGGCCCUAUUGCCCCUCCAGAGUCUAGUGUGCAAGGAAAGCCUGCAAGCCCACAUGGUGCUAUCAGCGAUGGAAAACUUGAGAAGCCAUCACAUGUGAAUAUUGAUAGUGGUUCCAUCUACAAGUCUCAAGCUGGAGGUUAUCAUAUGGGUAUUACUAAUGCCUUUUCUGCACCAGCUGAGGAAAAUCUUGUGAGACAUGCUGAACAGUCAUCUUCAGCUUUUGAUUCACAAAGUCUUCAUUCGGACAUAGGCCAGCAGCUAAAUGUGUUACAGAAUGUGCCUGUCUCAAACAACCUUGGUGUACCUGCCAAACCACAUGUUUCAAAUGAAAGAUUUCUUGCAAGACCUGCUAGCGCUGGUCUUCAGGUUCCUGUUGAGCAUUCUCCACUGCGACCCUCGGAAAUGCUGAAUCAUGUGGUUUCUGCUCCUCCUAAUGGGAACGGUCAAUUUCCACUGCAGGUGACUAGUGGCAUUGAUAAUGUGGAAGCCACACAUGAUCCAGCUUACACAGAUUCUCUAUUCUCAAAUCAGGAUCCUUGGAAUGCAGUGGGGAAUGCCUCUGUAGCACUUCCAAGACCAAAUAAGUUGGCUAAGGAGCCUGUUGUUUCUGGAGUUCCAUAUGUGGAAGGCCACGGGCUUGUCAUUAGCAGUUCAAAUGCUGCUACACUCCUAGAAGAAGGCAAUCUUCCACUCAUCCAGGACCGUACUUUUAAGGAUAUCUAUCCAGAACCCUCUCAAAUGACCAAAGGAUUUGGAGAAGAAACUAUCAAGCGGCAGCUACAAGCUGUUGCUGAAGAUGUGGCAGCAUCUGUUCUUCAGUCACCUUUUCCUGAAAAACCAGCUGUAUUUUCUGGUUAUCACACAGAUAAACAUGGAGCUGUAAUUGAUCCAAAAUUGGAGGAUGCGGUGAGCAAUCAAUCAGAGAAAACAAGCCAAGGAGUCAAAGUUUUAGAUGACAUCGAUAAUCUUCAGAUAAUAAAGAAUAGUGAUCUGGAAGAAUUGCGGGAACUGGGUUCUGGAACCUUUGGUACUGUUUACCAUGGAAAAUGGAGAGGUUCGGAUGUUGCUAUAAAAAGGAUCAAUGAUCGAUGCUUUGCUGGGAAGGCAUCUGAGCAAGAGCGGAUGAGAACUGAUUUCUGGAAUGAAGCUGACAAGCUUGCAUCAUUGCACCAUCCAAAUGUUGUAGCUUUCUAUGGUGUUGUACUGGAUGGACCAGGUGGAUCUGUUGCAACAGUAACUGAAUACAUGGCUAAUGGCUCGCUUCGGCAGGCACUGCAAAGACAUGAAAAGAUAUUUGAUCGGCGUAGACGUCUCCUGAUUGCAAUGGAUGUUGCAUUUGGUAUGGAAUAUUUGCAUGAAAAGAACAUUGUACACUUUGACCUGAAGAGUGAUAAUCUGCUUGUCAAUCUAAGAGAUCCUCAGCAUCCUAUAUGCAAGGUUGGUGAUUUGGGCUUAUCAAAGGUUAAAUGCCAGACGCUAAUUUCCGGCGGAGUGCGAGGGACACUUCCUUGGAUGGCCCCCGAGCUGUUGAAUGGCAGCAGCAGCCUUGUUUCUGAAAAGGUCGACGUGUUCUCAUUCGGAAUUGUAAUGUGGGAGCUGCUUACCGGCGAAGAGCCUUACGCCGAAUUGCAUUAUGGCGCCAUCAUCGGCGGGAUUGUGAACAACACGCUUCGCCCUCCGGUGCCCGAGGCAUGCGACCCUCGGUGGAGGUCGCUCAUGGAGCAAUGCUGGUCGUCCGAACCGUCAGAAAGGCCGAGCUUCACGGAGGUCGGCAAGAGGCUACGGGCCAUGGCAACUCCUACUACCAAGGCGCAACCCCAGAAAUAGGAUUUUUUUUUCUUCUCCCCCUUUCCUCUCAAGCCUCCUGUUCUGCGACCUGUCUCUGUACAUGAAUAAGGUUAAGAAAAAAGACAAGAAGAAGAAAAUGGUAGCUAUGGUUAUAGAGAUGAUGGCGAAUGCUUGGUAGCUUCCUGUGACAGCGUUUGAAAAGGCAAAUGUAUGGCAAUGGUUGGUGUGGUGUAUCCGCUCCUUUGCUUCCGUGUAAUUAUGGGCUUGUUUCCCCUGAAAA